UGGCCGCGAACACAGCUGUUGUUAUUGAUUUUUACUGCCUAUCCGCGGGUUGCACAAAAAAAUGAGACGAUUUUAAAUAAAAAUCACAAUGUUGCGUCAGGAGAACUUGGCCGCCAACUUCUGCGGACUUCUGGCCAGCCAGGGGCACAUAGAAAAGGCGAAUGAAUGGAGAAUUUUAGGCCAGGAGCAGGACGGCUCACUGUUAACAUCCUGGAUAUUUGACUAUUUGGAUGAUGAAAAGAGACGUGAGACCUGCAUUGGACAUUUCCAUGCCACCAAAAAGCAGCUGCGCCUGCUGUGGACCAUGCCCUGUUGCGAGGUCAUCCAGGCGAGCAUCAACAGCAGCGUGACUCUCCUCUCGUAUGUUGUCAAGUCCGAGGGACAGUUCUACCAGGCCUUCGUUGUGGAAGUGCGCAGCACCGAGAGCGGCUCGCCCACACCCCUUAACGAGGAGCCCUCGUCGCGACAGAUAAUGACACAGUUUCUGUGGCGUGUGGAGGGCGCCACGCGCACCUGCUGGCAGGACAAACUGUUGGUGCUCACCCACGAGGAAUCCAUCAAGCAGUACAAUUGCAUCGUCAAGCAAAGCUCGACCACAACGCAACCUGGUGGUGCGGAAGGCAGUGCCUGGCAGCUGGACACUAGCAUUCUGACACAUGAAAAACUGGCCAAGAACUUCAGCUGGGCUCAGUGGGAUGCAGAGUGCCAGGCCCUGUAUUACAUACACCUAAAGCCAAAGGCGAAAAGUCUCAGUUUGCUGGACGAACGGGAGGAGACAGGCGGGCAGGCAGCUCCCACGCUGAGUCCAACACUGUCCGCUUUUCAGUUUAACGAGAAACAGCCGACGGAAACGGUGCUCAAUAUACCCCUAAAUCUGCCGAAGCUGCCAACGGGCUCCAAUGACUCGAAUGAUUCAAUGCCCAGCUACGACGACGAUGCUGUCCCGCUGCGCGUGCACGAUAGCACGCUAAACUUAAUCAUUCUGGCGGACAGUUCGGGCAUGUUCUUCGUCUGCCAUUAUUACCUGUACCAGCCCAUGCAGACUGAGCAGCAGGAGGUGCAUUUUGCCUAUUCCGUAACGCUGCUGCAUCACGGCUGUGUGGUGCACUGUGUUAUGCCAGGCGUUCCCUGGCAGAAGGCUCGCUUGCUACGGCCCACAUUUUCCCUGCAUGGUCAGCACCAUUUGCUCGUUUCCUCGGCCUUCUUCGUGCACUUGCUGGAUGUGGGCCUGCAGCACGAGCCCAUCUGUCACAUCGUUUGUGCGGCCCACAAUCGAGGGCCGGAUCUUACCCGGAUUACCCAGUUUGUGCCCUUGAGGAAGUGGGGCACCUUGGCCUAUGACACAGCCACCUUGGACUUGGUUUCGCUGACUGUGCCCAGAUCGCAUCUCAUUGAGGCGUUCCGAAAUGACAGCUCCCUGGACAAUCGCAUCAGCAUCAUUCACUACUUUUUACUGCAUUCCAAUGAUUUGGAUGUCCUGGCGGAGCUGCUGAACACCAUUUUGGAGCGUCCUCUAUCCCUCGAUACGGUGGCCCUGCUGAAGGAGGCCCUCGUGGCGGGCAGCUAUGCGGCUGCCGUUCGAGGUUUGCCCGAAGAAGCCAAGCCACUGAUGAGACUCAUACCUCUGACAACGGCCAUAGCUUCGCGCCCCAUCCAUGCCCGUGUGGCUGACAUCAAUGUGGGUCUGUCGCACGAGACGCUUCACAACACCAGCAUGAUGUUGCUCUCGCCGCAGCAGCGACUAUCGCCUUACCGCACCGAUAUCUGGACACGUCUCUGGGACCUACUGAACGAGUCAGCCAAGCAGGAGCAGCCACGAUUCAGCGCUGAACAGGUCACAGAGAAGCUGAUCUUCAGUCUGGCGUGCUAUCAGCCGGAGGCUUUAUCCCGUUCUACCACACCAAUGACGCCGAAUACGGGCACCGGCGGCGGAUUUGGGGAUUACAGCAGCAGCAGCGCUUUUCCGUUCAGCAACGAAGUACUGCCCUUCAUAGAGCUUGAGGGAUGCACGGCCAGCAAACAGGAGCAUGUCAUCUCUGUGUAUUUACGGGAACUGAGCGUCCAUUUGGUUAAACACUCGUCGAAACCGCAAACAGGAUUCCGCUGGCUGAAGGAGACCUUUUUCGAGCGGUCGCAGGCUCCGGCUCAUGUUCAUGCCGUUGCCUCGCAGUUCGUGUCCUCACAGCUGGAGCUUUCCAGGGCCCUAUGCUCGUUGGUGUGCCGAGCAACGGGCCUCGAUGCACGUGUGGAGACAUUGCGGGGCUUUCAACUGAUUGACCAAAUGGCUGGCAGUCAACAGCAUUCACUGUUUCUCAUCCUGGAGCGGUAUUGUUUGGCUGUGGAAUCGAUUGCCUUUCCCCUGCCCGAAGGCUUUUCAUCGUUCUUUACCUACCUGGGGUAUCGGGCCUUGGAAUUUGAUAUGUUCCUGCAGUACGUGGAGAACCACGUGUUUGAGCUGCAGGUGGAUGUGAUGAAGAGUAUUGUCUAUGAUAUCGAAGACUCCCCGCUGGGGAUCGAGCGAAAGCUCUUGUUACUGACAGCCCUGCCCAAGCAGCGGGCCCAGAGGCUGCUGAAAUGCUGGCAGCAUCCGGACAGCCUCAUGAUCCGUGGCCGGGAGCAUGCAGCCAACAUCCUAUCGGGUCAGCAGCAGGAAGCCCCCCACCAGCAGCGACCAUCUGCCUGUGCCAACCAGUUGCGGACCAACGCGAGGAGCGAUCUUAGUGCGGAAACACUGUCACCUCUGGACUCUUUUCUUGACUUGCUGACGGCGAAGGCGAGUCUAAACGAAUUGGACUACAAUUUGCUCAUCGAAACGACUCUAAGCUCCAUGGACCAGCUGAAAGUGGAAGAAUAGAGCUUUAAUCUAUAUAAACCUAUAACAUAUAAACAAUACAUUAGUAUUACAUGCAGGCCAAAGUAUUGUGUCAAAAUGUCAAGUAUUUGGGUUGGAUUGGGUAUCCAAUACAAGCUACAUUCUGUCUGUAGGCGGACAUACAUAAGUUAAUAGAAUACGCUCUCUUUAAAACAUAGCCAUGGUCCGUUCUUAAAUGUUUAAAAGUUUCGGUGUUUAAUAUUAUUUCAAUGGUUCCUAUUGUCAUCAUAUGUGUGAAGGCUUACAUACAUUCCAUGUCUAAUAAUGAUUUCGCUGUAGUUUCUAUAAUUAGACAAACAUUUAUGCACUUAUUUAUAAUUAUUUAAUUAUAUCGAUUACACCACAUAUGCCAUACAUAUGUACAUACUAUGUAUAAUGGUGAAAAUUAAUCAAAAAUAUACUUGAAUCACGCGUAAAGUAAAUAAGAUGCUGCCACCUACUUAAUUAAAAUAAGCUCCUGUC